UCCUCCUCCUCCUCCUCCUCUCAGGCUGUGGUUUUUCUGUAUAUGUUUCUGGAGUCCUGAGCCUGGGCUAAACAAAAGCAGGAGGCUGACGGGGCUGCUGGAGUUUGCAGAGACACGGAGGAGGAAAGAGCUCGGGCUUUGCCUGCCGCCACGGCUGGGGGUGAUCUGGCUUCUGCUACAGCCCACCCCCUUUGAGAUCACUCUGGCCCGGAGUGGGGGUGGGGGGCAGCGGGGGGUGGGGGGGAAAGUUUGCAUUGCAAUCCCCCUGCCUUCCUCUCCUUUCUCCCGAUCAAUGCAUAUUUGCAAAAGGAUUAAGCCACAGAUUUAAGCGCCGGGAGCCCAUUUCUGCCUUGCAAAGGAGAUCGGACUGAAAAACCCAAAGGCGGCUCUGAUUUCUUUUCGCCAAGUGGGAAGGUGGUUUAUUUUUCUUGCUUUUUUGGAGUCAACACCCUUCCCCACCAGCCCUUAUCCCCACCCUCACCCCGCAACCCCUUCACGCCCCCCUCCCCCUCCCCAUCCUCCCACCAUCCUCUAAAGAGGCAAAGAGAUUUUUUUUUCCCUUUUGGUCUUCUUCUUCUUUUUUUAAAACCCUGGUCCCUGUUUAUCCUGAAAAGGAUUUGAAGACAGCUUGAAGGAUAAAAAGCCUCGGUGCUUCCCAGGCGCCGAGCCGAGGAGCCGAAGAGGAAGAGCCGGGGCUACCGGAGCCUUCAGAGAUGGAGGAGCAGCCGAGGCUGAUGCAUUCCCACGCUGGGGUCGGGAUGGCCGGACACCCCGGCCUGUCCCAGCACUUGCAGGAUGGGGCCGGAGGGACCGAGGGGGAGGGCGGGAGGAAGCAGGACAUCGGGGACAUUUUACAGCAAAUUAUGACCAUCACAGACCAGAGUUUGGAUGAAGCGCAGGCCAGAAAACAUGCUUUAAACUGCCACAGAAUGAAGCCUGCCUUGUUUAAUGUGUUGUGUGAAAUCAAAGAAAAAACAGUUUUGAGUAUUCGGGGAGCCCAAGAAGAGGAGCCCACAGACCCCCAGCUCAUGCGACUGGACAACAUGCUGCUAGCAGAAGGGGUGGCGGGGCCUGAGAAGGGCGGAGGCUCAGCAGCGGCGGCAGCAGCAGCGGCAGCUUCUGGGGGUGCAGGCUCAGACAACUCAGUGGAGCAUUCCGAUUACAGAGCCAAACUCUCACAGAUCAGACAAAUCUACCACACAGAGCUGGAGAAGUAUGAGCAGGCAUGCAAUGAAUUCACCACCCACGUGAUGAACCUCCUUCGAGAGCAAAGCCGGACCAGGCCCAUCUCUCCGAAGGAGAUCGAGCGGAUGGUGAGCAUCAUCCACCGCAAGUUCAGCUCCAUCCAGAUGCAGCUGAAACAGAGCACAUGCGAGGCCGUCAUGAUCCUGCGCUCCCGGUUCCUGGAUGCGAGGCGGAAGAGACGGAAUUUCAACAAGCAAGCCACAGAAAUUCUGAAUGAAUAUUUCUAUUCCCAUCUCAGCAACCCUUACCCCAGUGAGGAAGCCAAAGAGGAGUUAGCCAAGAAGUGCGGCAUCACAGUCUCCCAGGUAUCAAACUGGUUUGGAAAUAAGCGAAUCCGGUACAAGAAGAACAUAGGUAAAUUUCAAGAGGAAGCCAAUAUUUAUGCUGCCAAAACGGCUGUCACAGCCACCAAUGUGUCAGCCCAUGGAAGCCAAGCUAACUCGCCCUCUACUCCCAACUCAGCGGGUUCUUCCAGUUCUUUUAACAUGUCAAACUCUGGAGAUUUGUUCAUGAGCGUGCAGUCACUCAAUGGGGAUUCUUACCAAGGGGCCCAGGUUGGAGCCAACGUGCAAUCACAGGUGGAUACCCUUCGCCAUGUUAUCAGCCAGACAGGAGGAUACAGUGACGGACUCGCAGCCAGUCAGAUGUACAGUCCGCAGGGCAUCAGUGCUAAUGGAGGUUGGCAGGAUGCUACUACCCCUUCAUCAGUGACCUCCCCUACAGAAGGCCCUGGCAGUGUUCACUCUGAUACCUCCAACUGAUCUCCCAGCAAUCGCAUCCCGGCUGACCCUGUGCCGCAGUUGGGGCAGGGGCAGGAGGGAGGGUUUCUCUCCCAACGCUGAAGCGGUCAGACUGGAGGUCGAAGCAAUCAGCAAACACAAUAAGAGUCUCCUUCUCUUCUCUUCUUUGGGAUGCUAUUUCAGCCAAUCUGGACACUUCUUUAUACUCUCUUCCCUUUUUUUCUGGGUAGAAGCCACCCUUCCCUGCCUCCAGCUGUCAGACUGGUUUCUGUCAUCUUCCCUGGCCCCUGCUCUCUGUUGUAGACUCCCCGGUCCCUGCCCUCUAUGACUUCACUGAAGGAUUUUUUUUUCUUCCACAAUUAGAGGAAUUUAAAAAGGAAAAACAAAUUACAAAGAAAACAAUAAACGCAUUUGUAUGUUUUCAUGCUGGUGGUUUGAGGAGGCAAAUUUACCUCACUAGGAGCCCUCAUCCCUAUGUUGACAGGCAAUCCUCCUGUCUCCCUUGUUACUCUCACUACCUCUUAGCAGGAAUACACCACACUGCCCUACUCAUUCCAAGCCACUCUGUCUCCAUUUUCCCCUUCUUUCUGGGAACAAUCCUGAUUUCUUCCUCUUCUUUCUGGCCCCAGGUGUUUGUUAGGGAUGGCCAUAACUGGGCUUCUAAAGGUGCCACAUGUCCCAAUGUAGUUCCAUCAGGUUGAGUCCUAGGCAGGAAGUCUGGCAGGUAAGGGCACAAAGAACAGCAAAGGCAGAGCUUCCGAUCAGCUUUCUCAUCCUCUUAGAAACAGCUCUUGGUCUUAGAGGCACAGUCUAUGAAAUCUAACCAUUCAAUGUUCAGAACCUCAGGCAAGCCAGGUCUAAGAGAGGCAUUCUGAUGAGGGUGUCUAUAAAGAGUGAAGGAUCUCAUCCUGAAAGGCUGCACUGUCUCUUCAUAGACACGCACACACAUAUGUAACACACAGGUGGACACAUGCACAACCUUAUAGCUUUGCUUGGCAGGAUGCUACUAACCUUUUAUCAGUGACCUCUGCUACAGAAGGCCCUGGCAGCAUUCACUCUGAUACCUCCCAGAUGGUCUCCCAGCAGUCAAAUCCUGUACGAAUAUGUACAUUAGCAAGCAUAGUGCUCUACCUGGUGAGCCCUAAGAGAGGAGCAGUAUGUGGCUAGGGCUUCUAGGACCCACUAACAUGUACUUACCACAGUAGGAUGUGCAGGACUUCAUUAACAUGGGUCAGGAUUCAAGAGUAAACUGCCUUCAUUCCUACCACCUCUGAAGCUCUCAGGGAGCCACACAUAGGACUUCCUAUAUCUAUAAUGGAUUUGGAUGCUUUGUUUAUGUUUUUUUAUUAUAUUAUCUUUUCAAAAUAUUAUAGUAAACCAUGGUCUUCGCUCUGGAUUUUUCCUCCAGCGAAGAGAAUCAUAUAAGUAUAUGGUUAACAUUUACUAAUUAAUUUGAAGACAUUAAGAAUCAUGGAGUAAGGAUGAUGAAUUUGUUGUUGUUUUGUUAUUGUUGAGAUAUCAACAGUGAUCUAUCUAUAAUGCCAAGGGAUCGACAGAAAAUCAGUUACUAGGAAGGUAGUCUUGCUUUUGACAUGAGCUAAAAUUCUCCAGAUGGUUCUGCCAGCCAUAAAGAUGGCAGCUUUGCCAGUAGAUUAAGUAGCAAGUGGUCAGAUAUCUUUGGGGCCUCAUGCACUUCCUCUGUAAAAUGGGAAUUGUUAUCCUCGGCUCACCAAGGGUCUUGUAAGAGGCCCAAGAGACUGAUCUUGCUUGUAUUUAAUCUCCAGGUCUGAUGGUCAGGGAAAGCAGUGUCCCUAUAAUGAGCAUGUCAUGCUAGGUCAGAAUAAGACAUGGUUUUGUUGUUCUAAUUUCUGCUUGUUCUCGGUACCUUGAUGCCAUCACCAUCAUGAGAGUGUUUCAGAGGCUUUCUGCUCUGAUUUGGUUUUGGUCUGUUUGUCUUCUUAGGAUAGAGAAGAGAUUCAAAACUAGGGCAGUAGAACCUGGUCUUAUUAGUUUCAACUUGAAUCCAAUUAUGAAGCCUUGCAGGUCCUUGUCCCUAUGACAACUCUUCUGCUUCAGGGACUCCCAGGAAGAAGUACAAGAGCUUGAGGGCUGAGAGACAAGCCCACAGCACCAAUCACAUUCCACAUGCAGUGAUAAAUAGGAGACAUGCUUCAUGUGUGUUUAGAGGAGCUGGGCCUGUAUACCUGGAACCUGGGGGGGGGGGGACUGGGUAUUUGAAGAUAAUGCAGAAAGGAAUUAUUUGGCAAAUGUAAAUUUGUCCAGCUGACCCCGGUCACUAGAAAGACUGUCAUCUAACCUGUGCCAUGCUCAGAACGGGUGCCUAGAAGAGACAAUACAAGUGUGUGUGUGUGUGUGUGUGUGUGUGUGUGUGUGUGUGUGUGUGGUGUUAGUGAUGAGAACUGGUGGUUUUUGUCUUUGUGGCAGGAAUACAUUGAAACCACUCUCAGAAUGGUUGGAUUGCAUCAUUUUCCAUAAAGCACAUUAUAAGAUUUGCAGAAGGGUUCUCUUGGAAACAAGAGUGACCCCAGCUCUGGAUGGAACACAUGAAGGGACAUGAGUGGAUCAGGCCACAGCAGUGCCACCCUCACAGAAUGCCUCUCUCUAGGUAGUGGUUGUGCUGAGAAUCCCACCCACCCAGCACUUCAUUAGGCCUCCUAAAGGUUCAACAUGUAGCCAGCCAUCUGUUCUCCAUGCCCACUGUCACCUCCAACGUGGCAGCCACCAGAUCUCUGUGGUCAAGCAAGGCUAGGGAAACUGGCAGCCUCCAGAUAGAAGUGGAAAGAGUGUGCCUCUAAAAACUUGGCUCCCUAUGAUUUCAGGUCAGGUCAACUCUCUAGAUCCCCCCAAAAAAACUGUGCCCGAGAAUUCUUCAUAGUCUUUAAGUACAAGUGGGACUUCUCUGUCUCCCACAAUAUCAAUUCUCUCUCCCCAAGAGAUGGUAGCAGACCUUGGGGUUGCUACCAUAUAGCUUGUUUAUCAUCGCCUCUUCCCCUUAGAGUAGAAUGGACUUCUGGGUAGCUGUUGAGCCCACAGGCACCUUCUCUCCACUUCCUUCCCUGUGGUAGUAGUAUUAAUUAUUUUUUAUUAUUAUUUUGAUUGCUUUUGCUCACACCUAUCUUCACUUCUUUCUUCCUCCUCUUUAUUUUUUUCUGCCCAGAAAAACCUGACUUCGAUACCAAAAAAAGAUAAAACUACAGAAACUCAAAUUAAAAAAAAAAAAAGAAAAAACUCUUAGGAAAAAAGAAAAAAAAAGAAAAAAAAAACCUCAACAAUUCUUUCAGCUUUAUUAACAUUUUCCAUUGUUUCUUGCGAAUUGUGUCUCGUUCUUUGUAGUAUUGAUGAUGAACAUUUGAUAAUGAAUGUUCUUGUAUAUUCAGAUAAAGAAAAAAAAAAACCAAAAAAGCGGUCUGAAUUUAAUAGUGUUUAUAAUAAAAAAAAAUUUAAAAAUGACCCUCAUAGCACGCAAAACAGGAAGGGAAGUGUCCCUUCUCUCUGUGACAAUACACAUCAUUCCUGCAUACUUUUUUUUUAACACCAAACUACCUAUGUUCCUCAUUUCUCCCGUUUUUCUUUUUUAUUUUCUUGCAUUUGUGAAUUAGUUCAAGAAUGCUAGAAAAGUGUCAAGGUGUGUACAUCCAUUUCUUCUUUCACGAUGUUUAAAAGUGACCGUAAUUCAUUUUGUAAACUAAGAAAAAAAAGGAAAAAAAAAAAGAAAAAAGGAAAAAAAAAAAAGGUUGGAAUAGUGUAAACAUAAUAGGUUCAACCUAACACAUUAUGUUUAUUAAUUUUGAGACCCAGAAAUGAAUUCUUCUCUUUAUUCCUGCUCUUAAAAAUACAAAAAAAAGAGAAAGUUUUGUUUUGUGUUUUUUUUUGGUUUUGUUUAUUUGAGGGGGGGUGCUCCUUUUCCGCUGUUGGGUUUGUGGGUCUUGCUGGGUUUGUUCUUACGUAUGUAUACAGGGUGAUGUGAAAAGAGGUACCUGGGAGAGAAGGCUGCUUCCAUGCUCUGCUUUGCUUCAGUCCAUGUCAAAACCAUCGAGAAAGCUCAUGGCCUCAUGUCCCUGCUUUCUUGCAUGCCCAGGGUGUGUGGCACUCUGGUAGUCCCUGAGAUAACAAGACAGGGACUUCCUUCCUUAAAUACUCAUCAAGUCUGUCCAGGGGAUUUCUUACAUUGAAAAGAAAGGCUUUUGUUGAUUCUGAUUGUCCCAACCAAGGGUUUUCUUUCUCCCUGAUUAACAUCAACAGUCCACAAGUUUGCUUCCAACAAGACAGAAUCUUUCUCCAGGCAGAACUCCACAGGAAGCACUGCUGUGGAGGGCACCAUUACCCAGUAGAGUAGAUCUGUGAAGCAGGCCCUGGGCCCAUGUUCUUGGGAUCCAGAGUCUCAUAUUCUGUGUGCAGUGUGGGUGAAGUGAGGAGCCUGGGUCAAGGCUGCAAUUUGAAUGCUAAGAAGCUAUCUUUCGAUUGGUGCCACUUGUUGCUAACCUCUAGUGAGGUUAACUCUUUAAAUUGCCAGGUGGGCCUCAUCAGAAAAUCUGUAUUAGUCAUAGGGAAAAAGAAAGCCAUGUGGUUGGACAGACUGUCAGUUUCGGACAUUGCUCAUUCAAACACUCAGGUGUUCAGAAAGCAGACAGAAUUCCAACCAGAUAUGUAAAGAACACAAGCUUGAGUAGUGGAGCUCUGCUGUAGGAAGCCGUCCGCCUGGAGACGGUUUAGCUCUUGUUUCUGUGUCCUAAGAGAUGAAAGGCACCCUUUUCACGUCACCUUUGUGGUUUUCAGCCUAGCUCAAAGCUUUCUGGAAACUUUUAUUAUUUUAUUAUUUUUUUUUUUGUAAGCUACUUCUUUCCCUUUCGUUAAAAUAAAUAAAACAUUGAAUGUUUUGCCCUCUUUCUCUUUCUUUCUUCUUCCCUUUGGGGGUUUCAUUUUGAAGUGUGUUCCUUUGGUUGUUGGUUUUAUCUCCCCCUCACUUUUUCUCCUUAUUAUUGAGAGUAUAAACCUGCAAAGCUCAGCUCUCCUUUGGUUUUGAAAGUUUAAGCUUUUCUGCUUCUGUGCGAGCACAGGCCUCUGUCCCCUUUGAUUGCAGCUGAACGAACGUUUGUGUUCUCUAAUGAUACUAACACGAUGUAGGUUUUACAGUCUCCUAAUUUGUACUGGUAAUGCAGAUUCCAAAUAAAUAGUUUCUUUUGUUGCAAAAAUA